UCAGGUUAGGUCACUGGCAUGGGAACGAAAUGUGGAAACCCAGGACCCCCUGUACAGGAAAUGUUUUAGUAAUGUUUUAGCAUUUACAUGGAUAAAAAUAAGUUAACCCAUAAAAUACAAAUACACUAAACCUAGAAAAACUUGCUAAACAAUUCAACUUGGCGAAUAAGUGAGAGUGAAAAAUAUUAAAAGUUGCUGCAUGUGCCUCUGAUCUCUGUAAAACAAAGUUAAGAACUACCUGUACUAAAGAAAAUACUACUAUUACUACCACCAGUUUCAGCUAACAUUAACAGGCAACCACACUGCAUAAACUGGAUCUUUUGCUACGUGCAACGUCUGGUAUAAUGUUUUUCUUGCUCUUCUCUCACUGUGGGAUUUUGGUUAGCAUGCCUGCCUCAUAGUCAAGAGAUCUGGGUUUACUUGGGUUUCACUAGGAAUCCCCAAACAUGCGUCUUAGGUUAGCUCAGACUCUUGAUUGCUGUGUGUGAAUGUGAGUGUGAACGGUUGUUUGGUGCUUGCUGUACCCUACAAUUGGCUGGCAACCAGUCCAGGGUCAAACCCGCCUCUUGCCCAAUUACACCUCAAAUGGGCUCCAGUUAAAUGUGAUCCUAAUUUGUACACUACUAUAAAAAAAAAUUUGAUAGAUGGAAACAAACUGCACUAUAUGGUGGAAACGAUCAGAUUAAUCACAGGCACCAAAUAUACUACACAUAGUACCACAUUUUACUAUGAGAGUUUUUUGUUUUUUUUAUUACCGUAUUUUCACGACCAUAAGGCGUACUUAACGAGUUACGCCACAAUUUGUGAAUGGAUUGUGGAUGCUUGGGCUAACGUGUCUCAUUUCUGAGGAGCCGCACGGCAACGAGACUGACUGCGACAUUGACGAAAGGGAACCUGGCGUGUUUGAUGGAGAACUUGCCCAGCUGUUCAUUUCGGAUACAGAAGAUGAGGACUUUGAUGGAUUUGUGGAUGAAGGAUUCAUCAAAAAAUAACACUAACCUUCCCAUCUUCAAGCUGAAGGAGUCGAGUGUACGGAGACGCUACAGUGACUUUGAGUGGCUCAGGGCAGAGUUGGAGAGGGAGAGCAAGGUUGUUGUGCCACCCCUCCCGGGUAAAGCUCUGAUCCGACAGCUGCCCUUCCGAGGGGAUGAUGGGAUAUUUGAUGACUCUUUCAUAGAGGAGAGGAGACAAGGUCUGGAGCAGUUCCUAAACAAAGUGGCCGGUCACCCUCUGGCCCAGAACGAACGGUGCCUGCACAUGUUUCUACAGGAUGAGUCUGUGGACAAGCACUACACCCCAUCCAAAGUCAGACAAGCUUAAAGAGAGAAUAUGGCGCAGCCAACCUUCCCGCCUGCCCUCAUCUGACUUGGCCCGCCCUCUCAGCCAAGCCCAGACCACUGAAUCCAAAGCGCUCCCUCUCCCUCUCCCUCUUCACUGCUUCUGUUUCUUCUCAGACAAUUAAAAAUUCUAAAAUAAAUCCCCCCACCCAACACCCAUUCCCCAAAUAUAUAUAUAUCGCUCAUUACCCCCUCUAAGUUACCUCAUCCCCUUUUUAUUUUCCCUCUUUUAAUAGCAGAGAAUGUUCGCAACAUCACGUGGUCCCUCGAUGUCUGGAAAUGCCACUAACAUGGGUGUAUAAUUGUAUUUAUCGUUAGCUAUUUGUUGAAUAUAUUCAUUUUUGUAGUAACUUUGAGCAGUUACAUGUAUGCAAAGCUCUUGUCAGACCAACAGCCGCCUCCAUUGUAUAGUCAAUACUGGCAUGUCGCACAAUAGUGGGCCAUGAAAUUUAAAAAAUGUCAACCCCACCAAAAAAGGAAGCAUGUGUGUGUGUGCGUGCGUGUGUGUCCAUGUCCAGCAACCAGCACUUGCCCCGUUAUCACCAUUGCUUUUUCUAGGAUGUCAAUUUACACAGAGGGAACUGCAGUAUUUCUACUGGCUAUUUACGCAUUUUGAGAUUUAUAUACUGCUGUGCCAUUUUUUUGUUUAUUUUGAAGAUUUUCCAAUAAAAUAGGUGAAAUGUCAA